AUGUGCAUUUUAGGCAUGUCAAAUUCUGUAAUCAAUAAAAUUGGUGCGUUCAUGUACACUAACUGGAUUUGCGGCUCGGUCGUUGCUAUUGUGGUUGUCGGGGUGUCUGCGCCUCACGAGGCGGCUUCAGCAUUGGUUUUAAAACGAUAUCUGUUGCCUCUAUUUCUAUUGGAAGAGCAUUAUCAAGUUCAUUUAGCACAUAUAAUGUUAGGACAAGGAUUUCGAUCGUCAACAAGGCAGAAACAACAGAAAGGGAUAGGAAAAGAGGUAGAGAGCCAAACCAUCGUCGCUCCACGCUGGAUAAUUUCCUGUCAAUGCCACUGUGCUAGUUUAAAUGCAAUUUUCAAAGUCUUUUUAUUUUUGAUUGCCCUGCAAGAAUACUUUUUACACAUUUAUCCUCAAUAUAGAGCAGGUAGCAAAGACAAUGUGAGAAAGGCAAAGUAA